AUGGGAGGGGCAGGCAUUCUGUUUUUCCUGUUGGCCUGGACUGGGACAGGAGUGGCCUGGAGUCCCCCCAAGGGAAAGUGUCCUCCACGCUGCUCCUGCUCCAAGGAGACAACCCUGUGUGAGGGCUCCCCCGAGCUGCCUGAGAGCUUCUCUACCACGCUCCUGUCACUCUCUCUCGUCAGGAUGGGGGUCUCCCGGCUGAAGGCUGGCAGCUUCUUAAAGAUGCCGUCAUUGCACCUGCUCCUCUUCACAUCCAAUACCUUCUCUGUCAUUGAGGGUGACGCCUUCAUCGGCCUGUCCUACCUGCAGUACCUCUUCAUUGAGGACAACAAGAUCGGUUCCAUCUCCAAGAAUGCCCUGAGGGGACUUCGCUCACUCACCCACCUAAGCCUGGCCAACAACCACCUCGAGGCUCUACCCAGAUUCCUGUUCCGAGGCUUGGAGACUCUGACUCAUGUGGACCUCCGUGGUAACCCGUUCCAGUGCGACUGCAGAGUUCUUUGGUUGCUACAGUGGAUGCCUACAGUGAAUGCCAGUGUGAGCACGGGGGACUGUGCGGGGCCCCCUGCCCUUGCUCAAAUACAACUGAAUCACCUUGACCCUAAGAAGUUCAAGUGUAGAGCCACAGAACUGUCCUGGCUCCAGACUGUUGGGGAGUCGGCACUGAGCGUGGAGUCCUUCUCCUAUCAGGGGGAACCUCACAUGGUCCUGGCACAGCCCUUCGCUGGCCGUUGCCUGAUCCUGGUGUGGGACUACAGCCUGCAGCGCUUCAGGCCUGAGGAAGAGCUGUCCGCGCCCUCAGUCGUGUCCUGCAAGCCUCUGGUUCUGGGCCCAAGCCUCUUCAUAUUGGCUGCCCGCCUAUGGGGAGGCUCACAGCUGUGGUCCCGGUCCAGCCCCGACCUGCGUCUGACCCCUGUGCAGGUCCUAGCCCCUCAACGGCUGCUGCGACCCAAUGAUGCCGAGCUCCUGUGGCUGGAUGGGCAGCCCUGCUUCGUGGUGGCUGAUGCUUCCAAGGCCGGCAGCACCACACUGCUGUGUCGUGAUGGGCGGGGCUUCUACCCACGCCAGAGUCUGCACGCCUGGCACCGCGACACGGAUGCGGAGGCCCUGGAGCUGGAUGGCCGACCACAUCUGCUGCUUGCUUCGGCCUCCCAGAGGCCUGUGCUCUUUCACUGGUUUGGUGGCCGCUUCGAGAGGCGCACAGACAUCCCGGAGGCAGAGGACGUCUAUGCCACAAAACACUUUCAGGCUGGAGGAGACGUGUUCCUGUGCCUGACACGAUACAUUGGGGACUCCAUGGUCAUGCGCUGGGAUGGCUCUAUGUUCCGUCUUCUGCAGCAACUUCCAUCCCGAGGUUCCCAUGUCUUCCAGCCACUACAAAUUGCCAGCGACCAGUUGGUUAUCCUGGGCAGCGACUUCGCCUUCAGCCAAGUCUUCCGCUUUGAGGCUGAUAAAGGGAUCCUGGAGCCACUACAGGAGCUGGGCCCACCGGCUUUGGUGGCCCCCCGAGCCUUUGCCCAAGUCACCGUAGGAGGAAGACGCUUUCUAUUCGCAGCGUGCUUCAAGGGCCCCACGCAGAUCUACCAGCACCACGAGUUGGAUCUCAGUGCCUGAGGCUAGGAAAGAUCCUGGAAGUGGCUAUGGGUCUGGCAAGGGCAUUCUGGGAUAUCCAACUAUGUUUAGGGCCCCUCCAGUCUGAAGCCACGUUUUGGCUGAGGACAGAUGCGGACAUCUUGGGAGUUUAGCCUGAAACACAGCUUGGAGCUGGGAUACAGAAACCAAAAGGUCUAUCUGCUGAGCUCCAAGAGGUCUGGACACCCUGCCCUCAACAUCCCCUUGGUCCUACUCUACAUAAAGUACCGAGAGAGACCAUUCCUUUCCACUCAAACCCAAUCUGGCCAUUGGUUUUCCUGGAGGAGUAUGCAUCUCUGUGACGUCACAGUUGCUGGGCAGUUUUUUGGCCUGGUACUUUGCUGCCUGUGCGCAUGUCUGCUUCCAAAGGCUGAUUGUUUUUACGCGUGCGCAGUAAAAGUGAAGCCGUAAAGAUGAGUCUAGAGGCAUCGCAGAGAUCACUGGGUACCCUUUUCCAGAAUGUGACAGGGGCGAGAGUGUAUGAGUUCAAUAAAUAAAUGCCCUGCGCACCUGA